CGAACCGUUGAGCGGACUGCGGAGAGUUUUUAUUUAUUUAUUAUUUCACAUUAGACACUUUCGCUGUGCGUUUGCUUGUCCCUUUUCGCAAUUUCCUCAGUCAAAUAAUUCGCGUCCGCUGUCGCUUCGUCCACGGAAAUUCGACCGAUCUCUCAACAAAUUAUCAUGUCUGACUCCGAAGCUGUUGUAGAAAAGAGGCGUGGACGUCCCGCCAAGUCCGAUGACUCCAAAGAACCUAAAAAACGUGCUCGCGAAGAAAAGAAAGAGGUAGUAAAAAAAGAUGAAGACGGUGUCCCGGCGAAGAGAGGUAGAGGCCGCCCACCAAAGUCUGGCGGAGCAGCUACUAAGAAAUCACCCAAGCCAAAAAGUAAGACUGGUAAACGCGGCCGCCCAAAGAAGGGAGAAAAGAAAGAAAAAGAAGAAUCUGCUGGAGAUGAAAGCAAAGAAGAGAAUGAAGAUGACGACGAAUAAAUGCCUAACAAAGAUAAAUCUCAAUUUUUGUGUGUUCCGUGUGAAGCGUGUCCUUAUUUAGAAUAUUUGAAGAAAUAAGUAAUUUUUCCUAGAUUAAGUACCUAAUUGUACAACUCUGCCCAGUAUUUGUAGAAUUUGGCCAACUCAUAAUUUAAAUUAUUUUAGCGUAUUAAGUUGAGAAUUGGUGAACAAUACUAUUUUUAUUUGAACUACUGUAAUUUUAACAUUUUAUUUUACUAAAGAUUCCUCAUUUCCUUAACGGAUUUUUUUAUUUUGUACCUACCAUUAAUUUAUAUAAAAAACUUUUUUUACUACUAAUUUAUAUCUGAUUUGUAUCUUUAUUUGAUUAAUAAAAAUACUAGGAUAUUACAGUUGACUGUCGAA